AUGGAGCGGAAUGAGCGACCGCAAAUGAUCGUGGGUGUGGAUUUGGGGAUGACGUGUACCGGAGUGGCAUACGUAAACCUAUCCAUCGGCAGCGAGACAAUUCGAUGGGUUCAAAAAUGGCCGGGUCGAUUCCAGGCGAACGAGAACAAGGUCCCAACAGUGGUCGUGUACCCAAUUGCCUCCCAGGAACCAUCGUCAUGGGGGUUUCUUUCCGAGACCGCCGCAGAAACAACAGCGGAGGACAAAGAGUACAAAGAAUGGUUCAAAACGUGCCUCGAUCCGGAAAGGUUACGCCAGAAGCAGAUGGACGAUCCUGAGAGUGCCCCUCAGAACCUGCAAGAGGUGGAAAAGUGGUAUGGCGACUAUCUGAAAAAGAUGUAUGAAUAUCUCUCAGUCAAGCUAGGUGGUGAAAUUUCUGGGGUGAGCUGGGAAGAAGCUAGAGUCGAAUUCAUCUUUAGUGUGCCGACAACAUGGGCUCCGGUGCCAGUGGUGGAAAAUUUCAAACGACUGGUGAAAGAGGCGGGCUACGGUUCACAUAGGAACCACAAGGUAACCAUAGGCUUAACAGAAGCUGAAGCGGCCGCUGUGCACAUAUCCACAGAAGCACCCGGUAUCUUUCGCGAGAACGACGUCUUGUUGGUUUGCGACGCCGGAGGUGGAACUACGGACCUGAGUGUGCUAAAGGUCACUGGGACUGUCAACCAGUCCAUCGACCUCAAGCAGAUGGACGUUGUGUUCGGAGAGACGAUUGGGUCUGCGGCCAUUGACUACGAGUUCGAGAGACUAGUUCACUAUCGCUUAGAACAGGCAAACAACACCAACCUCCUUCCCGUCGAUCCUCAUGAUGCAGCAUGGGAGAUGAUGAAGAGUAGCGACUUCCAAGCUAUCAAGUGCGAACACGGAGCACCAGACGAUACCCCGUUAUUCAGCAUCGGAAUCCCGCGGGUCCCACAAUCAUAUAACAACUCCGAUCCUGAAGUUAGAAUUCGUAAUGGUGAAAUGACUUUCGAGCGGCAGGAUUUGCAGCAUUUGUUCGACGAUCAGAUAGCGAAGCUGUUCAAACUGAUUGACAUGCAGCUGCAGUCGCUACACCAGAAGUUUCCAAGAGAGAGAGUAGCCCAUCUCGUCCUGAGCGGCGGUUUAGGCAAUAGUGCAUACGUGCAAUCGCAGCUCCGCAAGUACUAUGCCAGCACACCUUUCCCGAACGCCGAUUCAAUCCAUGUUAGCAUCGCUCCUGAUCCUCAGCUGGCCUUGUACAUUACGCACUCCAUAGCGUGGUUCGUCAAGAAAGGCACCCCUGUAAGCGUGGACGAACCGAUCGAGCACAACUUCAUUAAGAAGGUCGAUCCUGGUGACCCGAGAAGAGCUUUUCCGACGACUGUCAUCGAGAGCGAUCUCGAAGCUGCGCUGUUGCCAGAUCAGAUGAAUCAACACACACGCAUCCUUUGCGAAAUAAACUCCGAUCUGUCAGGCGCUGAUGAGAAGAAGUUUCAGGAAAAGAACAAACGCUUUUGGUCAUUGCACAAGCACUACUUGCGCAUUGCGUACACUGUACGCGUCUUGAUAGGUCCUGCCGACAUUCGCUUUGAACUUUGGUUCGACGACCAGAAGCUUAAUCGCGAUGAGUCAAUCAAAGUAGAGUGGAUUCCUGCUGGUGUGCCUCGCACAUCACUAAUAGCGGAGUUGCCUGGGUCAAGCAGUGGGCCGGUUGAGAUGUCGAACACACCACCAACGCCCAUUGACGCUGCGCCUCAGGGUGGCGCAGUGAAUAGCGCGCCGAACGGAAAGCCAACGAAGACCGGGGGGUUCACAGCCGUGAAUAAAAGAGCGACGGUAGAUGUGACAGGCAAGAAGCCACGAGGGAUGGGAGGACUGUUUGGAAAGAGUUCUUUCUUUGGACGCGCCGCUUAG